AUGUUUUCUCCAUCUACUCCCCCAUCCACUCCCCCGUCCACUUCUAUAUCUCGAUCUCGAUCUCAAGCCUCCACCCCCUCCACUCCCUCCACCCCAACCCCAAUUGAAGCAUUGGCAUGCCGUGUUUGCACUCUAAGCGAAAUCAUAGCACAACUCUCCGACGAAAAUGAUGAGGUUCGGUUCCAGUGUCUGGCAUACGCCCGCCGCGGGAAUAGUGCCAGGUAUUACCGCUGCCCAUGGAGCAGUCGGGAUUUCGAAACCUCUCACCCCGACCUAUAUCAGCAGGCAACAGAAGUCAUGAGCAAAGUUCGAGCGACAUCGUUCGAGUACUCUUGGUUUGUCAUGAGGAUCUUUUUCUGCGAGACCCACCACAAAAAGCAAAAAUUCCAAAAAUACUACGACGGGAUUGAGGCUCACUGGAAUGGGGAUGGUAAUGGAGAAGUAGAAGAACUCUUGAACGCAAUUCGACACGUUCGCAAUUUCCAACUUUCAAUCCACCCAGCACCAACAGUGACCAUGUCACCCUCGUUGCCACACCGUUUCCGGAAGUCUUUUGGAAUGGAGUCUGCAGCCAGCGCAACUUCUCCACAGCCGCCAUUGACGGCCCAAAAUAAUCGAAUACCCAUAGCCACGACGGAAACUAGUGGCCACACCCAGAGCCUGCCUAACCUGGGCCUAAUACCCGAGACUACUAUUGAACCGAAAUCUAGCACCCCAUUCCCUCCUUCUGUACAAACUCGACACACGCGAAGCCGAAGUACCCCGUCUACGAGUAGCAAUGAGCCGCAACAUACACGGGGCUCCGGUGACCAACAGUUGUACGGUGGGAGUCAAGGUAGCUCUCUUCAAAAUGCACCGUCUCAAAUCCGCCUCGCUUCUACCUUGCAAAGCCCGGUUGCAGGACUAAGCGGAGUAAUCCCAGCACCUGGAUCCUCAGUUGAAUCUCCAUUCCUAGAUGCCCCAACUCACACCUCAUCGAAUGGGCACGCCAGACGGAGAAGCAAUCCCCCACAACCUAGUUUUGUCGUUGCUGAUGCUCAAGUGACAGCCACACAACCAGGUCACGAAGCAAGCGCGACUAGCACCAAAACGAUGGAAGUCUUAAUUUCUUCAACCGCUCCCCAAAGGACCUCCCUUGAUUUUAGCUUUCCAAUCCCAAACGCACAGCUUUCCCUCUUGAGUCCGUCCACAUCAACACCGAAUGGUUCGACAUUAUCUGCAGCUGCUUUAAUCCUCGAGGCCUCAGGUAUCACAAAUACACCGAGACCAAGUGUAAAUGGCCAGCCAGAAGCUGCAACAGGGCCAGCUCUCACCUCAUCCACCCCCCAUAUGCUAGACUCUGAUGUUCCGCGCGACGUGGUAGCAAGAACGGACACUGUUUCUGAAAUGACAGCUAUUUCCGUUCCAGCUUCGUUCUCCCCGACGUCUUGGGAUGGUUUUUAUAAGGAACCCGUGGGCGCAGGAAACCCUCGAUUGGGACCUCAGAAGAUACCCCAGCGCCAGAGGUCAAAGGAUGAUACAUGUUUAGACCAAUUGGCCAGAUCUUUAGCCGCCGUAACUCCACCUCUAUCCAACCCAAAUACGGAACGCCAGAUUCCGGCGCCUGAAUCAACUAACAAAGUAUAUCGACCUAACACCCCCCUCUUCAUUGAUUACGCCGUUCGUCGCGAGAUCAUGGAUGGUGUAGACAAAGAAGGGCACGUCUACAUCCUAAAAGCGCCAGAAUACUUCCAACAGAAUUUCCCCGAAGGACCACCGAUGUUGAAGAUUGGUAAAUCGGCUGAUAUUCCCGGCCGAAUCAAUAGUCUUAGAACAAGCUGCGGGCUAUUAGAUUUGGCGAGAGUUGAAGAUCCCGAGGACAGACCUCUUAAGUUGUACUGGAAGAUUGAGCGGCUUGUUCACGCUGAGCUUCGCAACUUUAACCAAAUCUUGAAAUGCACCAAAUGCAGGGGCAAAAAAGGCUCCGAGACGGAACAUACGGAAUGGUUUGCGGUAACGGAGGAGGUGGCGCUAAGGACUGUGCAGAGGUGGCGUAGGUUCAUUCAGCAGGAGCCUUAUGGUGAUAACGGGAUUCUUAAGGAGUUCUGGAGCUGGAAAAUUAUAUCUGACAAUUUGCCAAAGCCCAAAAAUGAAAAAUGGGAUGACUCGAAGAACCGAGAUGAGCGCUGGACAAAGUGGCUGGAAGAUGGAGAGAAUAGAAGCAACAAGGCUUGA